UACUAGGUGCUUUAAUAGGAAAAAAAAUCAAAGAAAACAUAUUCCCUGCAAAAUCCAACUUCCCUUCCUCUCUUCUCAGCUCUCAAAACUCUCUCUCUCUCUCUCUCUGAAGUGUGAAGUGAACAAUGCCUUUUGUGACAACAGAGACAACAAAAACAGUAGCAGAACACAUCAAAUGGAGAAGACCCAGAGACCAAUUCAGGCAUCAUCAUCAUCAUCACCACCACCCCAUUUCAGAAACAGAUCCAAACCCACAAAUCCAAUCCACUCGCUGCAAGUCCACCAUUUCCGCUCUGCUCCUCUCCACUUUCUCCAAUGAAACCACCACCACCACCCCACAAGCUGCCACCAGUGCCCGGAGCAGGAAGAAGAGCAACUUUUCUGCAGCAGCCUUCAGAGGGUUGGGCUGCACCGCUGGCGCGUCCCAGCAGGUGUCGGUGCCGGCGGCGAUUCGCGCCUCCGCGGAUUGGCAAGGGAAGAAAGGCAGAAAGAAGAAGCACAAGAGGAACAGCAGCAACAAGAAUUGCCAUGGUGGGAUGGUAGAUGGUUCUUCUGCUACUUGUGUGGAUUUUCAAGAUGUUUGGUGUGGUCCUGGAAUUGGAUUCUCAGGGGAUGCUGUUGCUGCCUCUGUUGAUUGUGUUGUGUCUAGAAAGAAUGUCUCUGCAAGGGGGAAGAUUGAUGUGGAGAAGAUAGCACAGAGAGAGCGUUCAUAUUCUUGUCGACAUUCUGUCGUCACCUUCCCGGACAGUGCUGAUGAAAACGUUUUCACGCCACCCUUUGAAGAACCUGAAACAUACUAUGUAAGAGAUUCUGAGAUUAUAAUGCUUCAAGGAAGUAUAGUACGAUUAAAUUCACAAGACCGUCAUAGAGACUUGAGACUUGAUGUUGACAACAUGUCGUAUGAGCAAUUACUUGAGCUCAGUGAGAGGAUUGGGUAUGUCAGCACCGGACUGAAAGAAGAAGAGAUGCGGAAGAACAUAAGGAAGCUUCAGAUUUCGGAUGAUGCGUCUCAAGUAGACAAAAAUUGCACCAUUUGUCAGGAAGAGUAUGAAGUAGAAGAGGAAAUUGGGAGACUUAACUGUGGUCACAGCUAUCACUAUCAGUGCAUACAGCAAUGGGUUGAACAGAAAAAUUUCUGUCCGGUCUGCAAACGACUAGUUGCUGCUAGGCACUAGUUGGACAAGUCCUAAUGUUUAUUUUGUUUUCUUGAACUUAUGGUAUUAUUCUCAUCCUUUAAGUGGUGUAUAGUUUUUCAUAUCCCAUAUCAGCAAGAAUUGUCAUUGUUUUCUUUCAUCAUCAUUUCAUCUAUCAAAACAUAGCCUCCUCUGGGAGAAGGAGGAGGCAAUAUAUUGGUGAAGGUUUCUUAAGUGGGAUGUGACCUUUGCAUUUUUUUCCACAUGAUAUAUGUGUCUUGUCUUGAAUCAAGGUGUUUAUAUUUUGGAUCUUGUGGAAAUAGAUUAUGUUGCUCUA